AUUGCCGAGAAAGAAAGGAAAAGAAGAGGAGGAUAUGGCGAGGCGGGGUAGCGGUGUUGUGCAUGAAGAACGCAAUGCCAUGUCGGGGGCAUUCUUCAUGGCGACGCUGUUGAUGUGGGCCCUUUCUGUGCUAUACGAGAUUGUCUUCAUCCAGCGGACGGAGCUAUUACCUAUCCUCGCCGGCUUCUGCUUCUACCAAUCGGCCAAUUGGGUCAUCCGCAGUUGCCUCAAUCGGGACCCUCUCUUUGUCAAUACCUCGGUGUCUCUUCUUCACUCAUCCAUCACCUCCGUCUCAGUUCUUUUAGUUAUAGUGAACCAGUGGAUGAGAAACAGUUUGAGUACAAUGUUUGCACACUCGGAAUUGGUUGAGCAUUCAUGGCCAUGGGCAUAUCCAGCUUUGUGCAUUUCAUGUGGGUAUUUUGCUUAUGAUCAAUGGGAUAUGUUACUUCACCAUUUAUACAAAGGUUGGAUCCCUUCAAUCCUGGUGCAUCAUCUAGUGCUCCUUGUUUGCUUUACUCUGGCUUUGUAUCGGAAUGUCACAAUCAACUACCUUAUUCUCACUCUUGUUUGUGAGCUGCACUCCAUAUUUUUGCAUACACGCAAAGUGCGGCGAAUGGCUGGUGUCCGUGAUGCCAGUAGCAGAAUUGUAAAGGCGGAAUGGUGUGCUAACUGGACAGUGUUUGUUUUAGCGAGGUUUACAUCUCAUAUUCUCAUCACUGUGAAGCUGCUCAAAGAUUCUUCCAAGUUUAACAAGGGCGUGGAGCUCCCGCUUGCUCUUUUCGGCAUGGCUGGUAUGAACUUACUUAAUAUUGGUUUGGGAAUUGAUCUAUUUGAAGCAUACCGGAGAGAGAGGAAAGAACAAACAGAUAAGCACAAUCAUCAUGAAUGACCCCUCACAUUCUCACGGCCCGGUUUGCUACAGAAAUUUUAAUUUAAUUUGCUUGCCCAACUUGUGUAUACUAUACGAUAAUGUUCAAGACUUGUACCCAUGCUGUAUAUCAAAAUUAAUACUAUAUAUCAAUUAAUAAUUUGAACUUUUUGCAAUGGAAUUAUUUUCCAGCA